AUGGAGCAUCCGUUUGACGACUUCGACUUUCCCAGCUGGGUAAACGACGCUGCCGCGGCGUCGACCGCUGCGGCAGCCGCUGCCGCUGCUGCGAACGCCUCCAAUCAUGCCGCUCCAAUCCCUACGGAUAUUCUGGACCGAACAGACCAGAUGCGAAUCGACUCAUGUCGAGCAAUGAUGAACGGUGUCAAGCAAGAGCCCAAGCAAAUCAAGACUGAAUCGCCUGGUGUUCAACCGCCGUCAUACCUCGAAUUGAGCAGUGUUCGUAAUCAGUCUCAACUACAGAAUCCACUGUUGCGAUCGCAACUGGCGUCGGUGAAAUUCCAAUCAUCUGGCCUUCCGUUGUCCUACCAGACGUACUCGCCAUGGCCCGGUGCUCACCACGGCGGCCAUCUUUUGCCGCCUUCGUCGUGUGCCGCGGUGGCGCAGGCGAACUCGGUAGCUGCGGCGGCGGCGUUGCCGUCGGACCUCGAAAGCCUCACACUGCCCGAUCAACCACUUAUGGAUUUUGAAGUCGAAUCGCUGUUACGACACGAGCUGUCACAAACCUCUGAUCAUCGCCUCAAUUUCGACAAUCUCUGA